CCAUCAAUCUUUGCCCAUCACUUUACCUUCAGCAUCUUUACAUGCUUCCACCAAUACCCCUAAGCAUACAACGCCCUUGUAUAACAACAGCGAAUGCCGAGACCAUGCGUUCCGAACGCAUGCCGCAGCUGAUUCGUGGAACAAUGAAACGCAGGCAUUGCCACUAGCCACAAUAUCCCCUCCACACUCGAAGCAUGCUAAACGGCGAUCAGGACCAAGUCAAUCUGAGAACAGACCACGGUCCAGGAACAUUUAAAGAUGAAUAUGCCCAGAGGCUUGGAUGUUGUGCAAGUUUCUUGGUUGCUAUUUCUCGCCAAUCAAAAUGAGGCCCCAAGUCUUGACAGCGGUUGCCAUCGCCACAUUUGCUGAUCGCGGUGUUGCAGCGGCUGACAGCUCUUGCACUGUCACCCAGUAUGCAGGUGUACCCGCUGCGAUCGCCAACUGCACUGCCAUUACGCUGUCGAACAUCCUUGUUCCUAGUGGCCAGACGCUGGACUUGACGAAACUCAAGACGGGGGCCACGGUAACUUUCGCGGGAAAGACCUCUUUUGAGUAUUUUGACGGCAAUAUCGAUCUCAUCAAGGUCGCCGGCACGGGCAUUACUAUUACCGCCGAACCGGAUGCCAUUAUUGACGGUAACGGUCAAGCUUGGUGGGACGGCCUGGGUUCAAACGGCGGUAUCUCCAAACCCAACCACUUCAUCACUGUCAGCAAAGCGAACGGUGCGACUAUCAAGAACCUGUACAUCCAAAAUUGGCCGGUGCACUGCUUCUCCAUCUCCAACUGCAACAACCUCAGCAUAUAUGAUAUUAUAUUGAACAACACGGCCGGUGAUGCGCCCAACAACCGCUCCAACGGUCUCGCAGCCGCCCAUAACAGUGAUGGUUUCGACAUUUCCUCGUGCAACAACCUCACUCUGCGCGACUCAUGGGUCCGCAACCAGGAUGACUGCGUGGCGGUGACAUCAGGCGACAGCAUCACCGUCAGCAACAUGUACUGCGAUGGCGGGCACGGCCUCAGCAUCGGCAGCGUCGGGGGCAAGUCGAACAACAAUGUUACUAACAUUCUAUUCGAGAACAGCAAGGUGCUUAACAACCAGAACGGUGCACGUAUCAAGACCAACUCUGAGACCACGGGUUACAUCGCCGGCAUCACGUACCGCAACAUUGAGCUGUCGAACAUCACAACCUAUGGCAUCGACAUCCAGCAGGAUUACCUGAACGGUGGACCAACAGGCGAACCGACCAACGGAGUCAUCAUCAAGAACAUUACGAUGGAGAAUAUCCACGGUACAGUGACAGGCAAGGCGAAGGAAUACUAUAUCCUUUGCGGCGACGGGUCGUGCUCUGACUUCACGUUUAACAACAUUCACAUUACUGGUGGGAAGAACAGUAGUUGCAACUUCCACCCUGACGGCAACUUCAAAUGCUGAGAAGAGAAGAGACGUAGACGGCAGGUUGAAAAAAUAUUGCAAAACCAUAGAGCGUUAAAUCCCCCUUCCAUUACCGUGAGAACUCGAGACAAAACCGUGCCGCCACCA